UAUUGUGAUGAUCUCGAAAUGGUCUCCACUAAUUACUUUGAUUCAUUCAUCUUUAAGAAUGGUACUGGUCAGAUGGCUACUACGGUGGCCCAAUAUUGAGAAGACUUGAAAUACUAGAAUUGAUGUUGUAUCGAUAUGAUUAUGAAGACAUUUAUUAUGGUUUCCAAUUCAUGGAUUCAUGUCCAAAUCUUCAAAGUGCACAUAUACACUUGCGAUUCUACCACAUUUUUGUUGAUGAGUCAUUAAAACACGAAUCUUUGCGAGAUUUAGUCAUAGAAUUUUAUUUUUCUGAUUUCAACUGGGAUGAAUUCAAACGUCUCUCCACUAAAUAUCCAAAUCUUAAACAUCUUGCACUGAGGAACAACAAUAGCCUGAAAAAUAAACAUGUGGAGCAAUUGGUUACCAUUUUACCCAAUUUGGUGUUAUUUGAUGUUCGUGGUUGUCCAAAAGUCACUCAGGAGGCUGCUAAUUAUGUCCAAGAUUAUAAUAAACAACAUGGACGAUCAAUCAAGUUUUAUUUUGAUGAGAAUUACCAUGAAGUUCAAUCAGAUUGGCCUCAUUUAUCCACCAAGUAUGAAAAAAUAAGUCAAGGUUUUGAUUUCAUGAAAAAUUGUUUUCUUAAAAAUUUUGAUGGACUUUCUACUUUCUUAAUUUCUAAUGAGGACUAAAUAACAUUCAAAACACAAUAUGUAUUCAUGAUAUCAAUUUGGAAGAUCUUAUAAUUACAAUGCAACCUGGCGUGCAGCUAUCAAAACUUAAUUUUAAUUUACGAUAAAAAUUUCUCAAAGCAGGCCAUUUACGGUCAAUAAGUUCAGAAAAUUCAGAACCAAGGGCUCUGUUAAGUUCAUUUUUCCUACUGUCAAUUUUGAAAAAUUGAUUGUGAUCUAAAUUCAAUUACUUUAGUCGUUUAACUAACUUGUUUUCUUGAUUUGAUUAAGAAAAACUGUCUUAAUGUCAAUGCGGAUCUUCAUGAGAUUAAUGAUCAUUAGAAGAGGUUAUGUGUACUUGU